AUGCCAGCUUCCGGUGAGCGAGAGCGUUCCAACCGCAAAGGACAAUACUCCUGUAACUUCUGUCGGUCGCGCAAGAUUCGCUGUGAUCGACCGCUACCAUGCACAAGUUGCAGGUCACGAGGAAAGACAUGUCAAUUUGAUCCUACUCCGGCGGCACGCGAAGUUCAAGGCCCUCAGACGCCCGUCUCGAUCGAGGCUUCGCUCACACAGCAACAGCCAUAUGAGAGCAUCCAGACACCUUUCUCUUCAACCGGAAAACCUGAUAUGCAGGCUGAGAUAGAUGCGCUCCAGUCUCGUGUGCAGGAGCUCGAAGAACGUAUCAUACGAGAGACUACCUUUCGUCCGCAGGCGGGCAAUGACACCAGCGACAGUGUCCGAACGGCCUUCGUUUCUAGAACCGGUCCAGACGAAAUCGAGAGGUACCGGACUUCCGAGAUCCAGGAAACGAGAGACAUGGUAGAACACCUCGAAGGUGUCUCCAUGAGUCAGAGCUCUUUCGAACUGCCUGCCACAAACCACAUCACCUUUAAGAUCGGUCAGAUCCGCACGAUACCAUCAACACUGAGCUACACAACGCAACUUGGCCGACUAACGCCAUGUAUAUGGCUACCACUAAGGGAAGAAGCUAUGACACUCCUCGACAUCUACAUCACUGAGCUCAACUACAUUCAACACGUAACACACUAUCCCUCUCUGCCAGCUACCCUCAACGAGAUCUACCGUUCGAUCGAAAGUUGUGAGCCCACCAAUCCCAACAACAUCGUUCUAUUCCUAAGCAUCAUCGCUCACACAACGCAUGUAUGGAGUAUGCCGGACGGACUGAACAGAGAACGUCCCUUAUUUAUCUCCUCGACCCAAGCGCGCUCUCAGACAUCUAUUUGGGUCAAGGCAACAUAUACUGUACUUGAGACUUUACAAGAGGGACCGUCGCUGGCUUUGGAGGCUAUACAAGGCACCAUCAUCCUAUCAUACGUCUUGUAUCUACUUGCUGUUGGGCCCCAACCAUCUCUGCCACUCUCCCAGUACACAGACAUGUCAUACUUCCUCCAGCGCAUCCGGCUAGCAGAGAUCUCACGCAACUUCGUCGAUCAAAUCACGUCGGAUCCGUUCAAACACGACGUUCAUCUCAUGGCAAUGGACAGACAACUCGUGGACAUGAUGCACGAAACACCCGCUUUCUUCCUGCUAGACUACUACGACAGUACCUUUUCCUCCGAAAAGCCAAACCACACCUUCAUCCAAGCCUACUUUCUCAACACGCUCAUCCACACUCAGCGCUGUAAACUGCACCUCACCUCCCUCACCCGACCAUCCGCAUCUAUGACCAUCUCAACAAGCCCUUCUUCCCGCACCGCCUGUCUACAUUCAGCCCGCCAACUCAUCUACCUCGAAACAAAACUUUUACAGUCACGUCACCCUUUCGCGCACCGCCCCCAACGUCCUCCAGCCGGUCUGUAUAGUAUCUUCAUUGCCACUAUUGCGUUACUCAUGGACGCUUGCCUCAACAGAUCUGGCGAACUGCGGGCUGAGCUACAACAAGAGAAUGAUUUGGCGAAAGGACUGCAGAUGAUAGCAGAUGCGAGAGAAGAUUCACUCGCAGCAGCUAAAUUAUACGAGUCUCUCAUGCAGAUCGUGGAGAAGCAUCGUGGUGCUGGGAGCAUGAUAGAAGGAAGUCCAAAAUGUGUGGAUAAGGAAAUUGCGCUGGAGACGUUCCACGAUUCCCCCUUGAAUGCCUCGCAAGAGCACCACUCUUCCUCGCAAAUCAACGACGCGAUACAGCUCGAUUUAGCCGACUGGGACGAUCUACUCUCCAGCGUAUCUUCAUCCCCGUUUUUCUGA